AUGAGUCACCAUGUGGUAGGCUUCAGUGAUUUCGCGACAUCGCCUUGUCGUUCGAAUACUUAUGAGUUUCCAAUAAUUUUCGCAUUCAUCAUGACUGUAGCCUGCUUCGGUAGUGAAGAGUUCCCUUGUGGCAUUGAAACAGAGCGAGUUCAUCUAUGUGCACACCAGGUGUUUUUGACCAAUCUUCUCACCUUCCGCGGAAGUGUACGGAUCUUCUCAAUUGGGGAAUUUCUGCGACGGCUGAGACUCUUUACUGUUGUCUCGCGCAUAAUCUUCUUGAUCUUCGUUUCUGAAGGGCACUUCGACCAACCAGAUUAUGAGGAGACUUGA